GUGACGUCCAGGUGGUGCAUCACACAGGUGAGGCAUUCGUGUCUCCACCUUCUACUGCCUGAGGAUACUACUUGGCUUUACCAGACAGAGGAGCACACACCUCUGAAUUAACAAGAUUGUCCUUUUUGGCACGCUGGCUGAAAUGGAGACGAUGACGUACGUGACUGAGAUCAGACUGACCGGAGGUCGGGGGGCCUGGAGCCGAGUGGCUCCCUCCUCCUGCCCUGAAGUUGACCUGGAGGUCAUCGAGGAGUUCUUGCAGGAACACUCCUUGGAGGUCCAGCCGGCACACACACCUGCUUCACCUCCAACCGCAGUGUGGCAACAAAUGCACUCUCACCACGGCACCAGGAUCAUAGAGAACAGUUGGUCAGGUCAGCAUCCGUAUGAGUGGCACUGUGGCUCUCACACUCCAAAUGGGGAAUAUGAAGAGCAAGCCCUGCCUUCCACCUGGCCUAGCCCCCAUGACAACCAAUGGGGCCACGUUGCCUAUUCCUACGAGGCGCCUGUAUACAUUGACUCUGACUCGCUGUCCAGUAGCUCCCAGUAUCAGGAAUACCAAGAUUCCCCAUCACCAGUGUCCGAUGGGGGAGGAGGGAAUGAUAGAGACUCCCUGCCUCUUGCCCCACUUUCAGGAAAGAGGAAGGAGCGCUUGUUCCAGUUCCUAUUUGAGAUGCUCCAGACUCCGUCGAUGCGGAGCUGCAUCUGGUGGGUCCAGUCCUCUUCUGGCACGUUCCAGUUCUCCUCCCAAAACAAGGAGCGCCUGGCGCAACUGUGGGGGCGGCGGAAGGGUAAUCGCAAGACCAUGACCUACCAGAAGAUGGCCCGCGCGCUAAGGAACUACUCCCGCACCGGUGAGAUAAAGAAGGUGAAGCGGAAGCUCACCUACCGGUUUGAUGAGAAGACGCUGCGAGGCCUGCAAGGAAGCCCAAAUAUAGUGUAGACAACAUGCUGGAGAGUCCAUGCAAGCAUAGAAAUAGAAUGAGCACAAUGGAUAUUGAAAUUGUUCCAUUAAAGUGCAGCUUCACCCCCCGGGUCUGAGCCAAACUCCGCCUGAUGCUCAGGGUAGAGGGCGUUAGCUUCAUUUUUAUUAUGUAAUUUCAUAGAAAAUGCCAGGCUUUUAACUCUGUGUCUACUGAUAUAACAGAGUAGUUGCGGUGUAAAUGCGCCAGCUUCAAUCCACAUUUUCUUAAAUGUAUUUGUAAACGGUUUUAAUCACACUACACUCUUCUGUUUUAGUUUUUAGCUCAAAAACGUCUUUAAUGUCCUUUCUGAUCUGUUUCUAAUUCUAUGGCUUGUAGAAACAAAUGAGUACUGAGUAUUUCAAAAGCCAGAAGAAGAAACACUGUGGGUCAGACUGGCAUUAAAACUUAUGUAAAUCGAAAAGGUUGUCACAUUAUAUCUACUUUAUAAGUAGAAGUUAAAUCAUUCUUAAAAUAAAGAUGCGUUUUUCUCAUUUUGUGAUUCUGUAUUGCAGAUACUCAGCACAUAUAACACAAUUAGGUUGUGUUAGCAUUAUGUGUUUGUGUCAAGUUGUGCUAAAAUGGAAUAAAGAUCUUUUGUCUA